ACAAAGCCUGAACUGAUCGUCCGUUGAGAGGGCAGCAGAAAUCCAGGAGCGCAAGGCGGCAGAGUAAGGCAGCCAAUUGGCUUUACUACUGGCUGGCAAGGAAAUGGGUCACCAAGGCCACGUUGUAGACACGAUGGUUCAGAUGACCAAUCGUCUGAAAGGUGAAUUAGAAGCCCUGCCCUCACCCCAGGCGCAGGUCGGCGACAGGCGCCCUCCUCCUUGCCGCAUCAUCGUCGGCAAGGUCCGCGACCAAACGCGUAACGUCGACAAGGAAGAGUACGACCCUGACCACCUCGCCAUCGGCCCGUACAACUACCCGCGCCGGCACCUCGCCAUGGAGCGCGAGAAGCUGAUGAGCCUGAAAAUGGUGCUCACGGCUGCCAGGGCUCGGAGACCCGGGACGCCGGUGGAGGUGGACAUGUACGUCAACGAGCUCAAAUGCCUGGAGGAAUCUGUGAGGAAGUGCUACGACAACACGUUUCCUGACAUAAAGAGCGAGCAAUUCGUGCGCAUGCUCCUCCUCGACGGCUGCUACAUACUCUCCUGCCUGGUCGACCUCCAACCCCGUUCACAACCCAUGGACGAUGCUGCGUCGGGGACUGCAAAUGCAGGCGUCCUGGCAGCGAACGGGGCCGAGGCGCCGGCGACUACAAAUGCAGGAGUCCUUUCAGCAGCGAACGUGGCGGAGUCGCCGAGGACUGCAAAUGCAGAUGCAGGCGUCCUUUCAGCAGCGAACGGGGCGGAGGCGCCGAGGACUGCAAAUGCAGACGUAGGCGACGUGUCAGAGAGGAGGGUCGAGGUCGAGGCGCUGACCGUGCUCCGCGAUGUGUUCUACCUUGCAGAGAACCAGAUACCUUUUUUUGUCCUUGGGAAGAUUGGGGAUCUGACGGGUUUGGAAGGUAACAAUGGCGUGAUUACAGAGGCUGCCAAGUAUGCUCUCAAUCUUAUGAGGGCACAAAAGUACGAAAUGGCCGCGUCGGCAUCGGAGCCGACGGUGCCAGGUAAUCUUCUCCAUCUUCUUCACAUGUACUUGAAGCCUGCACGGUCCAUCUCUCCUGCUGCACCAGUCAGCGGGACCGUGCGCCGGUGGCGCUCAGCGACGGAUUACUACUUCGCCGGGGUGGUUUUCAAGCGUCGAGAGAUGAGCCAGACAUGGUGUUCAAGAACCGGGGUGAUGCUCGCACCACGUUGCAUCCUCGACGUGAAGCUGAGCAGCGGCGGUGGCACGCUGGAGGUCCCCGUCCUCGACAUCGACGCCGAGACAUGGCGGCUGCUGCGCAACCUGAUGGAGCUGGAACAGCGGAACCGGGAGACGGUCGGGAGCGACGUCACGGCGUACUGCGUGUUCAUAUCCCAGGUGGCCUGCACCUCAAAGGACGUGGAGCUGUUGACGAAGAGCGGGGUCAUCGUGCAUGGCCAGGGCAACAACGACGAGGUGGCCAAAUGCUUCGCCGACCUCUGCAAGGGGAUCAUAUUUGACCCUGAUGACCCCGACUGCAACUACCUACGGGAGACAUGCAAGAAGCUGGAGAAGCGUUUCCAUAGCCACCCGCAGAGGUGGAUGGCGUGGCUGAGGCGGAACUACUUCAGCAACCCUUGGCUCGCCGCCGGGCUCCUGGCUGCUGUCAUUGGACUAGUUUGCGCUAUCAUCCAGGCAGUGUACUCUGUUUUGAGCUACAAGCAUGGAUGAAAUUAGCAAUCUGAUCGAACAUCAUGUGCGAUAUUGCAUGUAGACUUGGAUAAAACUAGUAUGCUGUGUAGCGAAUUGUGGCAGGUUCACUAGCUAGAUCACCGUUUGAAGGACGUGGUAUUUCUAUUGUUUCUAGUUUUACAUAUUUGCUAGCAAAAUUCUGGAAAUAAAAAUAUGCAAUAUUAAGGCGUGUUA